AUGGUCUCGUUUGACAGACUAUUUAGUGGCCGAAUGGGUCUUGGUCAGGCCGCCACUCAACACGCGCUGGAGACCCAGCACGAGGACAUGAUUGUAAGAACCGUGAAGCAACGACAGACUGGGGAGAUCCACGACGCCCAGUACGACUACUACGGCAAGCGUCUCGCCACCUGCUCGUCCGACAGAUCGAUCCGCAUCUUUGACGUCGACGGUGAGAGCCACCGCCUUGUCGAGACCUUGAAGGGACAUGAGGGUCCCGUCUGGCAGAUCUCCUGGGCUCACCCCAAGUUUGGCUGCAUUUUGGCCUCUUGCUCAUACGACGGCAAGGUCUUUGUCUGGAGGGAGCAGAACGGACAGUGGUCUCGCAUCAAGGAGCACACAUCUCACACCGCCUCAGUCAACUCUGUCGCUUGGGCCCCUCAUGAGUUGGGACCAUUGCUCGCCUGUGCUUCUUCGGACGGCCGUGUCUCUAUUCUCUCGUUCAAGGAUGACGGAUCAUGGGACACUGCGCUGCUAGAUGCUCACGCUAUUGGGUGCAACUCGGUUGGUUGGGCACCAGCAACUGUUCCUGGUUCGUUGACUUCCCAGGGACCCAACAGUGGCAAGGGCCCUAUCACAAAACGCUUCAGCAGUGGAGGAUGCGACAACCUGGUCAAGAUCUGGGCUUACAGGGAGGAUACCAAGACCUGGAAGGAGGAGGAGACGCUCGAAGGACACACCGACUGGGUUCGCGAUGUUGCCUGGGCACCCAACAUUGGACUUCCCAAGAACUACUUGGCCAGCUGUUCGCAGGACAAGACUGUGUUGAUCUGGACGCAAGACACCCCCAGCUCACCCUGGCAAAAGAAGGCCCUCCGCGAUGAGAAGUUCGCUGAUGUAGUCUGGCGUGUGAGCUGGUCGUUGAGCGGCAACAUUCUUGCCGUCUCUUGCGGCGACAACAAGAUCACUCUCUGGAAGGAGAACUUGAGCGGCGAAUGGGAGUGUGUGAGCGAGAUGGAGGAGAAGAACAUGGCUGGCGGUAACUAA